UGAAACGAAUGAGCGUUAACGUGAGUUUAGGGUGAAAUGAAGCAGCAGAGUCAGUGCGUGUUGUCUGUUAAUGUCACAAACAGCGUGUGAGUGAUUUUACAGCAGCGAUAUUUCACAACACAAGCGAGCAGGCAUUUCAGUUGCGCCGGUUGUCUCUCAUUUGCAGCUCUGGGGCCAUGCUUGAAGGCUACAGCCCUGUCACCCAGGCCCUGCUGGGGACUCUGUUCACGUGGGGUCUGACCGCCGCCGGAGCCGCCCUGGUGUUUGUCUUCUCCAGCCGACAGAAGCGCAUCUUGGAUGGAAGUUUAGGCUUUGCAGCUGGGGUAAUGUUGGCUGCUUCCUAUUGGUCGCUACUUGCCCCGGCGAUCGACAUGGCAGAGGAUUCUGGGAAGUACGGCUCGUUUGCUUUCGUGCCCGUGGCUGUGGGAUUCACACUUGGUGCAGCCUUUGUUUAUUUUGCUGACCUGGCCAUGCCCCUGCUGGGUGUAGGUGCUGACCCCCACAUUGCCUUGGCGCUGUCCCCGGACUCCAAGCUGGCCAAAGAGGAAGCGGAGCAGCACUCGUUCCAGCUCCAGGACUCUGAUGAGAUGACCAUCAGGAUAGGUAGAGCUGGACCUCUCUCAGAUAAAAUAGAAAACGGAGAUGUUCACCAGAGGAAGAGAGGACCUCAUGCGGGCACCUCAGAUGGACAGGAAACAGGAAGUAAACAACAGGAAGCGGUUGGGAAGACGGGAAGCAGCUGGAGACGCAUUCUUCUCCUCAUCCUUGCGAUCACCAUCCACAACAUCCCAGAGGGCUUGGCUGUGGGAGUUGGAUUUGGAGCCAUUGGAAAAACUUCAUCUGCUACUUUUGAGAGUGCCAGAAAUCUGGCCAUCGGCAUUGGCAUCCAGAAUUUCCCAGAAGGCUUGGCGGUGAGCCUGCCACUCCGGGGCGCGGGGGUCUCGACAUGGACGGCCUUCUGGUAUGGCCAGUUAAGUGGCAUGGUGGAGCCUGUUGCUGGGUUACUGGGCGCCGUCGCUGUGGUUUUGGCAGAACCUCUGUUGCCGUAUGCGUUGGCAUUUGCUGCCGGGGCGAUGGUCUACGUGGUGGUAGAUGACAUCAUACCAGAGGCUCAAGUCAGUGGAAACGGGAAGCUGGCAUCCUGGACCUCCAUCUUGGGCUUCGUAGUGAUGAUGUCGCUGGACGUGGGCCUAGGCUGAGGUCACCGGGACAAACGGUACCAUGUCAACAGAAACCCUCAGUGGCCGUGAAGUCAUGACAGUGGUGCUGACCUCAGUUUUAAAAAGGGGACCAAAUGAAGUGUUUUAUUCUGAAACACUAUUUAUGAAUUGUUGCUACUUGAAAUUGAUUCAUUCAACAACAGGAAACAGAAGUGUUUUGUAAAACACACGAGGAUGACUGUACUUGAUUAAUUAUCGUUAAUGUGUGGCAGAUAACUCAUUUGGGAAUGAAUUUAUAAAUAUUUAAUGAAUAUACUCCUGAUUGCAGAGCUUGUGAAUGUUUUUUGAGAGGAUGCGGCUUUUUGAGUUUUUCUUUUUCAGAAAACAUUUUUUUAGAAAUAAAAAAAA